GGCGGGGGUGUGGUCUGGCUGCUUCCGGCUGCUUCCUGUGGACAGUGAGACACCGGGCUCCGGAACAUGGCGGCUACCGGGGUGCUGCCCUUCAUCAGGGGGGUGGACCUGAGCGGCAACGACUUCAAGGUUAGGGGGUUCAGUGGCAAAGGGGGGGGAGAGGGGCUUGGCAGCAGAGCUCACACUUCAUAUACACCAUGUUAUGGAUGGCCCCGCCUCUCUGUCAGCAUGAUGGGAGUUGUAGUACACAGCAGGUCAGCAGACAUGGCUGAGCAGGAUGGGAGUUACAGUCCGCAGGAGUGCCAGCUAUCUGCUGCUGUGUAUAUGGGUGCUGGCUGCCCCCCUCCCUCCCUGUGUGUGUCCAUGGCUGUGUAUAUGGGUGCUGCCCCCCUCCCUCCCUGUGUGUGUCCAUGGCUGUGCCCCCCUCCCUGUGUGUGUCCAUGGCUGUGUAUAUGGGUGCUGGCUGCCCCCCUCCCUCCCUGUGUGUGUCCAUGGCUGUGUAUAUGGGUGCUGGCUGCUGCCUCCCUCCCUCCCUGUGUGUGUCCAUGGCUGUGUAUAUGGGUGCUGGCUGCUGCCUCCCUCCCUCCCUGUGUGUGUCCAUGGCUGUGUAUAUGGGUGCUGGCUGCUGCCUCCCUCCCUGUGUGUGUGUCAUGGUUAUAUAUAGCCUGCUGUGCCAUGGUGAACCCAGGGGGUGGCAGCUGCUUGAUUGUGUCAUACAGGCCAGGACUCAGACAAUGUUUAUAGGUUGCUCCCUAGAUAACUUAAUAAUAAUAAUAAUAUUAUUAUUAUUAUUAUUAGUACACAGUUAUUAGUAGGCUUCCCAAGGUGGCCUAAUACAUCAUGUCUUUCUGGGUAUAUAUCCAAACUUCAUGCUGAUGGGUAUUACAUGUAAAGUGCUGCCCUGCAGAAUGCAGUAUUCAUAUAACAUCCUCUUCACUGUCAACAACUAGGAGACCAUGUCAGAGAAUCAAAUCUCCCUUACAGGCUGAAUUCUGGUUUAUUUAUUCACUAAAACACUUUAUUAUAGACUUGGUAAUUGCAAAUAUUAUGACACAAUAAGUGUUUGGGAGAAAUGGGGGGGGUGGAGAGAUCAAAAUCAGGUAUUCUUCCAGCCCUAUUAUUAGGACCUUUCUACUUUUCUUUACUUCUCCGUUAUUAGAAGCUAUGUAGAAACAUGUUCUGUAGCGCUGUAAAAUGUGUCAUAAGUAAACAGACUAAACUACAGCCUUUUCACAAAGUUAAAAUCACGUCUCACCCCAUUUAGCAUAAGAAGGCUAAAAUAGCAUUCUGUGGACAGCUAUUGAGGUGCCUGAAUUGUUGGCUUAUUAACUGGGCAAAUCCCAUUAGAUCAUAAGUCUGUCACGAAAGGGUUAAAUAACUGACCAAUGACCCAAUAGUUCUGUAAAUGAUACUUCUACUCUAUGUAAUACAAUGGGAUAUUGAUAACAGCUUUGAGAAGCUUGGAUCUUGUCUAUAAUUUGGGUAGUGCCUGUCCCACCCUUUGAGUGACUCAUGUCUUUAACUCUAUAUUUAAAUGUCAUCAUGCAGAGCCCUAUUGAUUCAAACAGCCUAGUUUAGUGAUGGCUUGUCUCUGGUGCUCCAGUUGUUUUGGAUUAGGCUUUGCAGCCAACCAAAUGGUUGCCUGAGCUUUAGGAGAACAGACCCAGUGCUAGCGCUAUCACAGGGUAGAGUGGAUCUAGACAAAAGUGUCUGUCUGAUCCAUGUUUUCUGCAAAUUAUGGCUAAUUGGCAUUAAAAAAAUAAAUUAAAUAAUAAUUUAAGCAAAAAUAUAUAUUUCUUUUUUUCUCAUUUGCUAUUUUGACCUAAAACUAAUACACAACCAUUUUUAUUUUAGAUUUUUCAAUUUUAGUGCAUAGAUUCUUUUGCUUUUCUGUGCCACGUUUACCCUGUGGUUCUAGCUGCUGGUUGACAUAAUGCCCCAAAUAGUACACAUUCACUUGGCACACUGUGCAAUAAACAUUGUGAUAUAUUACACCAAUAUUGUAAAUAGGUUUAAUGUAAAAAAGAAGCGGGUAUUGGUAAAUGUGCCAUGUUAUGAUCUAUUCCCUAUUCAUAGUAUUCACGAAUACUGCUUUCCCAGUAUUGCAAUAAUAAACACCAUAUUAACUGUUUGAAACAUCUCAGUAUUCAUUAUCCCCGUGGCACACACAGGAUCAAUGUAACAAAAUCCUGCAGGUCUCUUCCAAUUUGGUAUUAAAUAAAAUGUAUUUGGCCAAUUUGUAUUAUUAUUUAGCACAUUGCCAUGCACAUACCUUUUCUAACUGAUGUGAAAGCUUUGCAGUUUAAUACCCCUCUGACACCAUCACAGUGUCUUUUUGCCAAGGGGUUUCUAUACAAUCCUAUCCUGGCUCUAAAUGGGAAUUGUAGGCACUGUAACUGCUUGAUGUCACUGUAGUGGUUAUAGUGUCUGGGGUCUCCUGGCACCAACCUUCCAUUUAGUGUUAAAGGGACAUUAUAACGUUAGCAAUACAAAUGAUAUAUUUGUUGUGUAGAAAGAUUACAAACUCUGUACAUCUCUAUUGAGAUGUGUGCAGCAUAUGCUAAAUUAUUAUUUUUGUUACUAAAACGAAGGGGUUUAUUAACUAAAUGGGAUAUUUCAAAUUAAUAUGAGCAGUGGCAAUUUUAGGUCAAACUAGUGGAAUUUGAAAAACUUUGGAAAGUCUUCCAUUCUUUUCUCUGAAAUCUUUCUAAUUUUUAUUUUUAUCUUUCUUUUUAUAAACCAGCUUUUUCAUGGUGUAAUUCCUGUUUGGAAUGCUUAUAUAUAUUUGUGGUUUCUUUCCACUUUGCUUGAAUCAUAAUGCAUGGUUUUGAUGCAUUCUUUUUCAUUUUUGUUUCAGGUACAUUUACAAUCAAUUAAUAUAAAUGUUUGCUGCAAUAAGUUGCACAUUCUUACCCAUGCAUGUAGGAACUCUUUACUAUUGUUGAGGAUAGUUGAGUAAUACUAUUUAAUAAGUGACACUAUGGUGAGAAAAUUCUAUUCACUUGCCUCUUGCCUGAGUCCCACUGAUCGCUGAGUCUCCUGUCGUACCAGGUUACUUCUGCCAAAGCCGGUUGUUGAUCACGCCGGUUAUUCAUUGGCUGAGAGAAUCCGCCAAGUGCUCUCAGUCAAUUAAUGAAACAAAAUUAAAAUUAGUCAGCAAGAAACUCUUGUUCCGGGCUGACUGAUGAUGCUGUCGAUGGUGGAGUUAGACCUUCGGUAGUUCAAAUAUUUACUGAAAUUCUGCACAUACACAUUACAUGCACCAUAAUCACUUCAAAACACUGAACUAAAGUGUGAACUGACUUUUAGAAUUUUUCCAGUUGACCUAUCAUUGUCUAAAGUUUGAAUUCUCAACAAUUUAGCCAAAAUCUAGCAAUUUAGAUUUGUUUGCUACCAAUCGAAGACCAUUGAUAGCCGGUGGGCAUGAGCGGCGAGUGCUGCUCACACAUGCAAGCUUCUCUCUUUUUAAACUAGAAAUGAACUUUGAAAUCUCACUUUGGUGAAUAAACAUGUCAGUGUCCUGCCUUGGUGUGCUAGAUUGCAAGCUCUUUGAAAUAGAAGUUAUGUUGGGAUCUGUCUGUUCCUUUUGCUGCAGCAUAUCUAUAACCCAUGUUUUAUUCUGUCUUUUAUUCCCAGGGAGGAUAUUUCCCAGAACAUGUGCGGUCUAUGAACAGUUUGCGAUGGCUGAAACUAAACAGGACUGGUCUUUGCUACCUGCCGGAAGAGCUGUCGUCUUUGCAGAAAUUGGUAAGGCAGAGCAACCUUGAUGGCUAUGAAGCAUUCUAAAUCACAGUAACUGAUGUAUCACAAUGGGCACUGGCAGCAAUAAAGAUUGUUUAUUCUCUACAGACACCCCCAAGAUAAUCCACUGUGAUAUAAAGCUCUCUAGAUCCCGCCUGGUGAAUUCAAACACCAAAGUCUAAUUCCUACUGCAAUCCUAUCCUAACCCCAUUUCUAACACAGAUCUUCCUGAACUACAUUUCCUGUGAUGCAGUAGCUGUGGUUCCAAAAUUGGCAGUCACUAAUUCUCUUAUUCUCUUUCACCAGUUCCUCCCCUGUUUUACAAUGCUGAGAUUGACUCUGAGAAUACCGUAUUUUUCCCUCAUAGGUUCCCUAUUGCUGCCUAUUAUGCUUAUGGUUUAUUUGACUGUGUUCCCUUUAAGUACUUUGUUUUAAAAUAGCACUGAAUCAGUUGAAGCGUCACUCUAAGGACCGUUCGUGCUCAGACUAUUCAUCUUACUGAAUUUAGUUCUAGCUUCAGCACACAGCAUUCUAAUCCCAGAUAAAAAUAAAUAACGGAAAAAAGAAAUGGCAUAAAGAAGACGAUAGAUGUAUAUUAAAGGAUCCCUAUAGGGCCAGGACACAAGCAUGUAUUCCUGACCCUAUAGUGUUAAAACCACCAUCCAGCCCUCAUGCCUCCAUAAAUAUAGUAAAAAUCUUACUGUAUUCAAGCUUGAAGCUGUAACUCUGCAUGCUGUUAGACUCAGAAAAACAAGCAGUAUGCUGACAUCAGCAGAAGUGGUAGCCUGAUCCAAUCACAAUGCUUCCCCAUAGGAUUGGCUGAGACUGACAAGGAGGCAGAUCAGGGGCAGAGCCAGCAUGAUUCAAACACAGCCCUGGCCAAUCAGCAUCUCCUCAUAGAGAUGAAUUGAAUCAAUGAAUCUCUAUGAGGAAAGUUCAGUGUCUGCAAGCAGAGGGAGGAGAUACUGAAUGUUUGGAUGCAUUUUAGGCAGCCAUGACCCAGGAAGGAUCUCUAACAGCUAUCUGAGGAGUGGCCAGUGAUGUUAUCACUAGGCUGUAAUGUAAACACUGCAUUUUCUCUGAAAAGACAGUGUUUACAGCAAAAAGCCUGACGGUAAUGAUUCUACUCCCCAGAACAAAUUCAUUAAGCUGUAGUUGUUCUGGUGACUAUAGUAUCCCUUUAAAAACAAUAUGUCUGACGUCUGAUCCUGUCUUCCCUUUCUGAACAUCAAAACAUAGAGUAAAAUAAAGAUAAACCAAGGUGGCAAACCUAUCCAUCUUUUACAAGAAGCAUAAAGGCAGAGAAGCCUUGAGAUUUUACCAGAAGGCACGGACAGAUGAUGCCAUCUACUUCCCAAGUCAUCCUGUCUGAGCGCACAAGGAAGUGGUUGGUGGUAGUGCCAGACCAAGUUCUUUACAGAAAAUGUGUCUCUCUGACCUGAACCAUUUUAUUCGCCAUCCCAUUCCCCUAUCAAGGAUCGGGGGUUCCCCAUCUGUACGUAAUGGCUUGUGAGACGCUCUGAUUUUGGUGGAUCUUCGUUUGCUGCAAAAUCCUUUUUUUUUUUUUUAGAAAUAUUUGUGCAGAUUGUUUUCGGUGAGUAUGAUAAUUCAAAUCAUUUUUGGACAACGCAUUUUCCUUUAAAAAUUUUAUAUUACAGCCACUAUCGCAGACUUCAGUAUGUGACUCUGAACAAAGAUUAAUUACAUUCUUUAAUUUCUGCACUGCUCUCGAAAGGUUCUUAGGGUAGCUCCAGGAAUACUCCAAACCAGAUGGUGCAGAUGCCAAAUAUAUUUAUUUGCCCUACUUUUCAGAGUCUUGCUGUGGUGGCCUUGCCAGUCUGUUGUAUCUCACCGUCCUUACAUUUGGUUUUUAUAUUCUAUUUUGUAGGAGCAUCUCUCCGUGAGUCACAACAACUUGACAACUCUCCAUGGAGAGCUUUCAUCCCUUCCCUGCCUUAGGGUAAGUACUCUUACUCCACUUACUUCUACUGCUCCAUGAUACCAUAUGCUGUUGCUUGCAGAUGUUUCCGUAGUAAUGGGGUGUGUGGGGGGUUGUACUGCUGUUUAACGCAGCCAUGCACUAGCAGUAGUGUUUACGGGGAUGAAUACACUGUAAAUCAUCAGAUACAGAAUUGUGCCUGUGCAAGUAGUGACAUCAUAACGAUAGUGCUGUGAUUACCUGCGCCCUUUCUUCCUGCGUGGGCCUCUGUAACAUGCUCUCCAUUUUUUCUCAGGCAAUUGUUGCUCGAGCCAACAGCCUUAAAAACUCUGGAAUUCCCGAUGAUAUCUUCCAGUUGGAUGAUCUUUCUGUGCUGGUAAGUGACAAUGUCAUUCAUACAAGAGCAGGGGGAUCGAAGGUCUGCACAGACUGUGUUUUGCCUGUUUUUUCAAAAAAUUUGUGACGUUCAUUAAAUUCUAGGAGAUGUAUAUUAUCACAGAUGAGCUACUAGAAAAUCUCUCUGGAUUAUUAUGUUAAAUCAAAAUAGCUGAACUGGAAACGUAGGGGACUCCAAUUCUACCACUUUCAAUUCUGUGACUUCCAGACUGGUUACACCUUACUACACAUACUCCUGUUGGGUUUAUUUACUAAACCCCAAAAUGUGGUCAAUUGAAAGGUGAUCUAAAUGUUUUCUGAGUUAGUGACAGCUUGGCUGAUUAGCCUAAAUUUUGCUGAUGUUAAGUGAAUAAAUAUUUGUGUGUGUUGUAUAUUUGUAUGCUUUUACUUUAUUUAUGUGUUUUAAGCGAUUGUCUGUCUUAUAUUGGGACUGCCAUUACAGUUUUCUUCACAUAAAUCAGUUUAGAAAAGUAUUAGCAAACGAUUAAUGUUAUUUUUACCUGGGCAAAUUGUGGUAGGUGUAACUGGAAUACUGGUGUGAAAAUCUGUCACUGUUUCAGCAUGGUGGUUGCCAUCUUGUUAUUGUAUCCAUGGCUGAGAUUAUCAAUCUUUACUAUUUUAGCUAAUCCAUUGCUUUCAUAUAGGCUAUUCCACAUGCACAUCAAAAUGCUGCGCCAAUCAGCAUCACCUCAGAGAUGCAUUGAAUCAAUCCAUCUCUAUGGGGUGCAUUCAGUGUCUGCAUGCAGAGUGUAGAUACACUGAAUGUAGGUACUGCAGCACUGCCACAGGAAGUACCUUUUAGUGGCCAUCUGAAUCACUGCCACUAGAGGUGUUACUAGGCAGCAAUGUAAACACUGCAUUUUCUCUGAAAAUGCAGCAUUACCUUUGAAAUGCCUACAGGGGCAGGCUCUAGACACCACAACAACUACAUUAAGCUGCAGCGGUUCUGGUGACUAGUGUCCAUUUAAGCUGAAUGUUAUUUCCAUAUCUGUAGUACGCAAUGUUUAUCAAGUGGGUUUUGAAUUGUUUGUUGUUCUUUUUCAUAGUUUGACGUCUUUUACUGUUUGAUUUUAAAGAAAUAGCCAGUGGGCCCAGCUUUCCUUUGACGUUGGUUGACACCGAGAUGAGCAAUUGGAAAUCUAGAUCACUGAACAUAUUUUGAAAUGAUUUUAAGCCAGAAAAAAUUAGUUUAUUUCCUAAAUCCUGCACUUGACAGAAACAGGACAAACACUGACUAUAUUAUUAAAGAAGCAGUUUUUUAAUUCAUUUUAAUUGUGUGUAUUAGUUUACCUCCUUUUGAUGUAACUGUUGUACACUGUUUCCCGCUCAUUUCCUGCCUCCUUAACCAUCUCUCCAUCUCCUCCAAGAUAUAAUCUAAUUUUCUCUGCCAUCUGAGAGGGAUUUAAUUGUCAGGAAGUGGACGAUUAAGUAAAACUCUUAGAUCCGCUAUGUCACCCCUGCAUUAACCUCCAUAAAUUCUCUAACUUUCCCAAAACAAGAAAAUGACUGUUCGUAGAUUAAACCCUGUGUUAUUCUUAGUAUUUGUACAUUUUCACAAUGCAGCUCAGACCUUGCACAUUGAUUUUACAGGACCUUAGUUACAAUCAACUGACAGAGUGUCCACGAGAACUUGAAAAUGGCAAGAACAUGCUCGUGCUUAAUCUCAGCCACAACAGGUGAGCGGUCAGGGAUCAGAGGGAGGGAGUUACAGAACUUGGUAAAGCACAAGUUCCAUUGGUGCUAACAUUAACACAAUCCAAAGUAUAACACUGGCAACUAACUACGGAGCGGGUGGACAACACCAAUAACCCUGGGUUAUUUCUAUUUCUUUAACCUAUUUAGUGCCAGAGUCAUGAGCAAUGCACAAAUCCUCCUCUGGCACUCAGGGGGAUGAUGUUGAGUGUAUGCCUUCAUUGUGGUGUUCACUAAGCCUUUAGAAAGUUCAUUGAAUUUGUGUUUGCCGUUUGUAUGCAUUAUGUUCAUUUUUAGAGAUCAAGGUAUCUUUGUUAGGCCUCAAACUGGUGUUUAUUUACUAAACGGUGAAAGGUGGUGAAUUGAAAAUUUAGGCAAAACAUAGCUGCAUCCCCAAUGUGAUGGAUAAAGCACGAUUCUGAAGCAAUUUUGUUCACUGUGCACCAGCAAUAAGUAACAAUGUCACUUGACUUCCUAUAUUUACCAAUAAUUAAUCAAUAAACUAUGUGCCAGGAUUUCUUCGUGAUAAGGAAAUGUGUUUGCUUUUUUUGUGUGUUUUUUGUUCUUCCAUUUAGCUGGGUAGGCAAUAAUUUGUAGGAUAAUACUACUAUCUUCCAGAAUGUAGUUACUUAGGUAUUAUAUGUGAAACCCAAUCCAAGCUGACAAACACAUCAAGAUAAAAGAAGGGGUGGGGGAAGGUUGGGAGUGUUGGCUGGGGUUUUUAAACCGGUAUAUCUUGCAUCAGUUAUAAAAGUGCACAGAUCCUCUAAUUUAUUCAGAGCUUCCACAGUAUAUGACGUGCAUACACCAAAGGUUUAUCCAUUGAUCUUCAUUUUCAAAUGGUUAUUGUGGAAGGAAUGACUUGUAACUAGCUAAGGAAAUCCUGGUCACAAUAUCAGUAUGGAGAAGUUUAUAACUUCUGUGGUAGUUUUUUCUCUUAUUGAGUUUGGAUAGGAGGAAUUCCUAAGACUCAAGACUUUUCCUUACCACUUGGGAUUAGAAAGUCUUAGCCUUGAGCCAUUGCCACCAUGAAUGGGGUAAAAAGGUUCCCCGAUGGCCACAAAGACACAGCGUAAGUAGGUCCUUGUUUUCCCCAUAUGAAAGGUUAAAACGGCAGUGUGCCAUCAGCCGUUCGUCUUAAAGCAUUGCUCUUGGACUUUAAAUAAAAUGAAAACUUUAGAUUGCUUCCCAUAUUUCAUCCUAUUCAUCACUUUCGAUAGAGGUCACCCGUGUCUUGUCUCUCUUAGAAAUCUCAGGUGAGAAAACUAGUAAGCUAGGAGUAUGGGAUAAAACCUCUGUUCUGUUUGCAGCAUGUCUGCUUUAUCCAUCUGUGACAUUGCUGUUUGUAUAUUUAGAUAUUUAAUAAAUGUCAUUGUGGGGUUUGUUUUUGCUUUUUUGUUUCUCAGCAUCGACAACAUCCCAAAUCAGCUGUUCAUUAACCUGACAGACCUGCUGUAUCUGGAUCUGAGUGACAACAAGCUGGACAGUUUGCCUCCUCAGAUGAGAAGGCUGGUGCACCUUCAGACCCUCAUCUUAAAUAACAACCCCCUUAUGCAUGCGCAGCUCAGGUAACCUUGUCUUUCCUCCUCACACCAUGAACACCUGUAACGCUGGUCCGAAAUGGUGGUUGGAGUUAUGUUAUUUAACUUCUUCCUAUCUUUCAAACAGGCAACUUCCUGCAAUGGUAGCACUACAAACCCUACAUCUGAGGAAUACACAACGCACACAGAGCAAUCUACCCACAUCUUUGGAAGGCCUGACUAAUCUAUCAGGUAACCAGAGCAGUUAGUCCAUGCUAUGCUAAGGGUUUGUAAAAGCAAAUUUGUCACAUUUGUCUUUAAAGUUAUUUUAAUUGGGAAUGCUUGGAGGUGUCAAGGCUGGGCCGCAUCAACUCUCUUAAGAUGAUGGUUCUGCCACACAUUCUCUACCUCUUUCAUACACUGCCCAUACUGUUGCCUAAUGAACUGUUAACUCUUCCAGUCCACAAUUAACGCGCACGUAUAGAAGCGGAAGCCCCCUCAAGUAGCCUAUCGCAAUCUGGGACUUCCAAUUGCCAUGGGCGGUUUGGGCCUGCUGGAUAUUAAGGCAUAUUACAGAGCUUCAGUCCUAGCGCAAGGGUUCCAAAUUCUUCGGCUGUCCCAGCACCCGCUCUGGCUAUCCCUAGAAAAGGCAUGCCUAGACCCACACAACAUUGCGCACUCUUUGUGGGUGAGCACGAUUCCCCAAUCUCCUGCAGAGCUCACACUGCAGUACUCAAGGUUUUUAUUACAUGCCUGGAAAUGUUGGGGUCCACUUAUUGUAGACACCAUACUACUCUUUCGAGCAGCGCCCUUGGGUAUACCGACAGCCUUCUCCCCUGAUCUCCAGGUAGGGCGGUGGAGAGCCAGGGGUAUACAUCAUAUCCGUGAUCUGCUGGCGGGAGGGGAGAUCAUGCAAUUCCCUGACCUUCAGGUGGAUUUCUCACUACCGGCAAGAGAUUUGUACUUAUACCGGAGGGUAAAAAAUAUAUUAAAAAUGAAUAUACUGGGCAAGUCAGGCCACCCCACAGAGACCCUACUGUUGCCGAACCAAAUACUGACACCCAAACCAAUUAAGCCUCUAUCCCUGUGCUAUAAUGCCCUUAUCAAAGGCAUAUCCACAGAGAAACUGACUUAUAUGACUCAAUGGGAAAGGGAAAUGAGGCAAUAGAUUCCCUUGACAACAUGGCAGGAAGCCAUGGCAACCAUGAAGCAGGCAUCGAGUAGUCUCUGGCUCUGGGAAGCUUACUGUAAAAUAACAAUGAGAGAGUACCUAGUGCUGCACAGACUAGCACAUCUGGGCUAUGCUGGAGGUGCAAAGCGGAGGCGGGUACCAUGCUUCAUAUAUUCUGGGAAUGCCAGUGCUGGAGGCAAAUUCAGUCCCUCAUCUCACACACAACCUGCUACCAUCUCUCCAUACCAUCGGAACACUACCUACUUCAUAUAAUUCCCGACAUAACUGAGCAUCCUCACCGCAAGGUGAUCUUAAACAUUCUCACAAUGGCAAAAGUCGCUCUGGCUAGCAACUGUAAGAGCAAACAAACUCUCUCCGAGGAGACCAUUAGAACCAAACUAGACACAAUUCGCUCCUAUGAGCGGAUGGCAUGCAGACUAAAUAGAUGUACGGGAAACUAUAACCGGGACUGGAACAGCUGGCCGUCCAUGUUUUGACCAAGAUUACAAAUUUGGAAUAUGGAUAGUCGGGGAGCUGACUGACUGAGGGUUAAACGAGUAACAAAUGGUAUUAGGUUCAAGGCUUCUACAAUUUCUACAUACCGGCACUAUGGCUGCUGCUAUAUACUCUGUCUCAAGCUGCCCGUGUAUAUAAUAUGUUUAGGCGCAUACUAAUGCCCUUGGAAACAAUGGCUGUGGUAAUGGUGAAGCCGCGCGGUAACCAGGGUUCCCUUCCCCCACCCCUUUCCUUUCUGUAUCUCCUCCCCAUUAUUUAGUUAGACGGAAAGGUACACUGCAACAAGCUAUCGCUAAACGUUCAUCAAGUCUAAAUACUUUGUAAAAAUACCUAUGGACUAUACGCACAGAGUGCAACGUUACACAUUCUAGAUGGCAAGCCAACAUGGAUGAGCUUACUCACAUUGUAUAACCGCUGCACUGACAAUGGUAAUGUGAUAUUCCUGUUAAAUAUUGCUAUUCCUCUUCAUAUAUUCUUACCUAUUUCUGGUUCCCAAAGGUGUGAUAAAUGUGAAAAGUACAAAUUGAGAUGUACAUCAAUACUUUUUCUGUAUUAAUAAAAAUGAUACAUGAGAAAGUUAUUUUAAUAAAAAAAGUUUUUUAAUUAUACAUGUGUAUGUAAUGCACAUACAGAGCAUUUAAUAAAAAUCUGCUUAAAUCCUUGUCUCUGUCACCGGCAGUGACUGACUGCAUUGCUUGGUGCUAACAUCCAGGAACAUAAAUUAUUUGAGACUGUAAUAUUGAGGUCACUUGUUUUUGACAACCUAUACAUUGUUAAUGGUUAUCUUUGCUUGCCUCCAUAUCUGCUUGUGUCACACUUUACAUUGGUUUAUAAUGAUCCUGCUUUUGGUGCUAGAAGGGGUAACGCUGAGCACUGGGAGUCUUGUCAUGCUCUUUCACUUAUUGCUACUAAUUUGUUUCCUAGAUGUGGAUCUUUCCACGAAUGACCUGUCACGGAUUCCGGAGUGCCUCUAUACACUCGCCAACCUAAAGCGCCUGAACCUCAGCAGCAACCAGAUUACAGAGCUGUCUCUGUGCAUCGACCAGUGGGCUCAACUGGAGACCCUCAAUCUGUCCCGUAACCAGCUUACCUCUCUUCCUGUAGGUACCAGUCGCAGGAACCUUUCACUGGUCCCUCCCCGUUUUGCUGGAAAGCAAGUCCUGCCAACCAUUAAAACAGGGGCAGGCAAGCUUUGGUGCUCUGAAUGUUUUGGAUUACAUUUCCCAUGAUGCUUUGCCAGGAUUAUGGCUGUGAGAGCAUUAUGGGAAAAGUAGUCCACGUCUGGAGUGCCGAAGGUUGGCUGUCCCUGCAUUGGUACAUAAGUCUAUAGUUUGUCAAACGUAGGAAGGUAUUUUGUGUCCACGUGACUGUUUAUUCCUUGAUGUAUUUAGCUCGCUAUCCCAUAAAUUGUGUAGGGCACAAACUGGGAAAGAUGGCAUUACUAGCGAAGGGAAUCAGCCCAAUACAUUGCUUACCUGUAGUGUUUGCAGUCAGAAUUCAAGUUACCUGUGCUUGGUUCACAGGUCUUUGCCAUUUUAGAAUAUGGUCUGGGUUCAUUUAUCAUUCUAUAAAAUUCAUGAUGACUUUUAAUUUAUUUUUUCCUGCUGUUCUAAUUCCUCGUUGGUGUCCAGUCCGCCAUCUGCAAGUUGACCAAGUUGAAGAAACUGUAUUUGAAUUCCAAUAAGCUGGAUUUUGAUGGCAUUCCCUCGGGAAUCGGCAAACUGUCCAGUCUGGAGGAGUUUAUGGCUUCCAAUAAUAACCUGGAACUAAUCCCUGAGAGUCUCUGCAGGUAAGUGUCAGCCUGGACAAGAGCAUCUCCAGUAACCAAUAGUGGUGCUGUUACUUGGUGCCAAAAAGCCAAACCUUUUCGAAAUUCCCGCAAUUAUUGAGGUUCAUUCUCUGUCUCUUCCUUUAUCUAUGUAUCAGGUGCUCCAAAUUGAAGAAACUGGUUCUAAACAAGAACCGAUUAGUUACUCUGCCUGAAGCCAUCCAUUUCCUGACCGACUUAGAGGUUAGUAAUCACUUACCUAGAAAAUAGCCACUUCUAACAUCUACUAUGUGCUAGAACAGGAAAACGUGUUACUAAGAGUUCUGAGAACCCAGUGCAUGCUGGGAAAGAUUAUGUUCUAAGCACAAGAGCUAUGAGCUAGUAAAACAGUAAUUAAAACUGUUUACAGUUUCUUCUAACCUUUUAAUUUAAAUACAUUAUUUACAGUUUUGUUUAUAUUCUGUAAAAACUUAGUUCUGCAACUCUAUCAUUAAAUUGCCCAAAAAUCUCCCUACAGAGAAAAGUAUAUGCUAGUGCAACAUAUCACUAGUAUAUUAUUUUUAAUGUAUUAUUAUGGAUGAUUCUUUCAUCCAGUGCUAAUUAAUGUACACAGCUUCCCUGAAAGUGCUGUGAUUUCCUUUCAAAUAGCUGUUUUAAACAUGGGCAAUUCUAUCUCGACAGAUCCUCGAUGUGCGUGAAAAUCCCAGUCUGGUGAUGCCUCCUAAACCUGCUGACCGCACAUCAGAAUUCUACAACAUCGAUUUCUCCCUGCAGAACCAGCUACGCCUUGCUGGGGCAUCCCCUGCCACUGUCGCUGCAGCAGCCGCCGCAUCAGGUAUAAACAGGAAUCCUGCUGCCUUCUAUAAAUUAAAAUGCCUCAGGAUUUUAUUGGUGAAACGGUGUUGCCUUGUAUUGGGCCAUGCUCAGUUUAUCAUGAGGGUUCUUCUCACGUGUAAACUCUUGCGGGAUAUAGACCCACAUUUUAAAUUUUUGUGCAUUUGCAAGAGAAGAAAAAUAAUGCAGCUCCCUCUGCCAGGAGCUAAGGAUUGAGGUGAAGUUCUGGAGGGAGAGUUUUAGGUUCCCCUCAGGAGCUUUCAUGUAAGUGAACUUCACCUUAGGAGGUACAAAACAUGUAAUGACCCCACAGGAUGUAAUAGUGGUGUUGUCAUCCAAAUAUUGUUAAGGACUGAUCAGCAGAACAUUAAUAUAGAUUGUACUUUGAAUGUCGCAGUAUGAAGCCUGACAUCUAACUAUAUUGGCUAUUUCAGAGCUCUGAACAGACUGUGGUACUCCUUUAACUACACCCAGUAAUAUGUCCAUGAGCAAGAUACCCUCUGGCUACCUGCCCCUUGGUAUAUAUCACAGUAGGCUCUAUCAAGGUGUGGGCCUGACGUGAAAUAAUAUCUUAGCGGUGUCCUGGCUCAGCGAGGUGCAGAUCUCACCAGUUCUCUCUGAUCACGCUUAUGAGGGAGGAACUGAUGGAAAGAUGGCACUAGCAACAAUGUAGUAACCUUUUAUUGCUAUGCUGAUUUCCCGACUUAUCAGGCAGCGCUACCAAGGAUCCGUCCGCCAGGAAGAUGAGACUACGAAGACGGAAGGACUCUGCACAAGAUGAUCAGGCUAAGCAAGUGCUGAAAGGAAUGUCUGAUGUAGCUGAGGAGAAAAAUAAGAAGAUACAGGUGAGAAGGUUAAAGGCGUCAGCCAUGGAUAAGAAAUUCUUUAUAAAAUGGUAUUGUAACAUUAGUCAGUGGGUAAUGCUUUAACUGCAUUUAUGACAAUGUCCAUUUAAAUGCAGUGACAAAUACUAAACUUGCUGUACGAAAGGAAUCUUUAAUAGCUUUUAUCCCACUGAAACAAUUAUAGGCCUCACGGUGUUGAGACCAUUUUUUCCCAACAUGGUGCAAGAUUUUAUUGGUAAAGAAAACCUUUCAAAUUAUCCUGUUAUCUCUGCAACAUUUUAAAGGGACUCUCCAGUGCCAGGAAAACAAACGGUUUUCCUGGCACUGCAGGUCCCCUAUACCUCCCACCCCCAUCCUAGUUUGCUGAGGGGGUUAAAACCCCUUCAGUGACUUACCUGUAUCCAGCGCCAAUGUCCCUCGGCGCUGGUUCAGGCUUCGCCUACGGCAGGGGAGACCUAUUGUGCAUGUGCAGCCGGCGGCGGGGGAGACCUAAUGCAUAUGCGCAGCAAUGCCAAGCACGAGCAUUAGACCUCCCCAUAGGAUAGCAUUGAAUAAUGCUUUCAAUGCUCUCCUAUAGGGAUUUCGGCGACGCUUGAGAUCCUCCUUGCCUGAGGACUUAACCCUGCAAGGUAAAUAUUGCAGUUUAUAAAAACUGCAGUAUUUACAGUUGCAGGGUUAAGGGUAGUGGGAGUUGGCACCCAGACCACUCCAAUGGGCAGAAGUGGUCUGGGUGCCUGGAGUGUCCCUUUAAGUAAAAUGAAAACAAGUCACAAAGGAGAAUAUGGUUAAAACCCUAAAAAUAAAUAUUUUAAUAUGUUUAUACAAAGUAGACGGAGCUAGCAGUUGAAGCUUGCCAGGAAACCCAUCUUGCCAUGCCACUACCAUAUUGCACAUAAUUGAGAAUAAACACGAGUUGCAAUGGUAUGGAAUCAUGCUGUCUAAGGACUUCCAUCAGUUCAUAUAGGGCAAGAAGAUGUGUUUGUUAUCCGUACUCCUGGCAACCUCUAACAUUUGUUGUUUUUGUUUUUUUCCCCUCCUAUACCGAACAGGAGAACGGUGACAUGAAAUACACAGAUUUAAAGGCAAGGAAGUGGGAUCAGAGUCUGGAGAAGCCCCCCUUGGAUUAUUCAGAGUUCUUUACUGAGGAUGUUGGUCAAAUCCCCGGAGUCACCAUCUGGCAGAUUGAGAAUUUCAUUCCGAUGUUGGUGGAUGAGGCCUUGCAUGGGAAGUUUUAUGAGGCAGAUUGCUACAUAGUGCUAAAGGUGAGCAGUGUGCAGGAUUUGUGAUAUAUUCUACCAGUAUUGGUUAAAGAGAAUCAAUAUUUAAGAAAACACCUGCUUGUUAUGUUUAAGAAGCCCUUUGCAUUUUUAGAAACCAAUCUCUUCAAGUUAUUCGGAAGUGGUAUAAUGUAUAAGUAUGUGUAUGAUCAUGAAAUAUGACCUAAUAAACCAUGUAUAUUAGAUCAAGAAACCUAUGUAAAAAGCAGAGUGAAUUUACGGUAAAUCCUAAUUGCUACUUUUUAUUGUUUUUAGAAAUGAGUCAUUGUAUAUAAAAUGCCAGUGUACUGGAUUUUUUUUAAUUAAAUUAAAAUAUUCCCCUUCUUUUUCUACCAUAUUUUAGACCUUGUUGGAUGAUAAUGGUGCUCUUAGAUGGGAGAUAUAUUAUUGGAUCGGACAGGAAGCUACACUAGAUAAAAAGGCCUGUUCCGCCAUCCAUGCUGUCAAUCUGCGGAACUAUUUGGGUGCAGAAAGCCGCAGCAUUCGGGAGGAGAUGGGAGACGAGAGUGAGGAGUUCAGUCAGGUGAGUUACAAAGGAUGUGGAGAGAUCAGGCUUUUUGUUUCAUGGCCUCAUAGAUGCUGUCAACAGUUUGCCUCAUCAGAACUGCUUUUCCUUUUUUUUUUUUUUAGAGCAGAUUGAAUUUUACUGCUAACCUGCCUGAAUUCAUCAUGUACCUUCCCUUCUUAGAGCGACACUUCAAGCAUCAUAACCAUUAAAACUUACUGUAUUUGUUAAGGUCCUAAGAACCUUUUGGGCACGGUUCCUCUGGUUUUGUCAAACUGAUUUUGCGUGAAUCGGCAAAACCAUUGCUACUGCAUUUGAGAUAGUGAGGAAUUACAAUACUACACUAUUGAUACCAAUACAGCCCCGCACUCACAGCAUGACUGCUAACCACGUACACUGUAGUGGUUAUGGUGUUUACAGUGUAUGUAUCUAGUUCAGAUAUAUGGCUGCUUUGUCUACAUACGUAACCAAGUGAUGGUUAACCUCCUUACCAAAAAAAACGAUAAAUGCUUUUCAUAACAGGUUUUUGACAACGAGAUCUCCUACAUAGAAGGAGGGUCAGCCAGUGGAUUUUACACCGUGGAGGACAAUCAGUAUAUCACCAGGUGAGAAGCAGAGACUGAUGGUCAGGUGAACUAAAUAUUACUCUGUUAAACUUGUGUAGUGUGGUGCCAACUAAGUGCUGUUACCCAGUGUACCAUUAUGCUAAAGAAAUUAUUUGUUGUAGUGUUAAAUAGAAACGUUCUUUACAGUUUUUUAAAAAAAAAUUAACUUAUUAUUUUUAUAUUAUCCAAUUUCUCUCUUUUUUUUCUUUUUUUUUUAUACAGGCUUUACAGAAUUUAUGGAAAGAAAAAUAUCCGUCUAGAACCAGUUCCCCUUAAAUCCUCCUCCCUGGAUCCGCGGUGUGUAUUUUCUUAAUUUAAUACCCAAUUUGCUUUAUACCAGAGGUGGCAUAAAGGUAGAUCAAAGCUGUUGCAAACAUAUGGGAACUGUAGAGCCCAUGAUUCUUUGUCAACCUGAAGGCUGGGAAAGCAUCAUGGGAGUUGUAGUUUUACAUGAGCAUGUGAUCUUCCUUUUAGCUGCCACGGAUAAUUCCAGUCCAUUUCAGUGCCCUCAGGAGUCUUAUUAUCUGUUUUAUUGCAGAUAUGUCUAUCUUCUGGAUAACGGUUUGGACAUUUCCAUCUGGAGAGGAGCUCAGGCCACCCUCAGUAACACUACCAAGGCCAGGUGAGGAUCAUAUGGAUCAAUCUAAGUGAUCCAGAGUUCUGUUCGAUUGCAUAUAUAGAAUGCAAAAUUUACACAGUAAAUGAUUAAGGAAUAAAUGACCAGCCAGGUCUGCCUGUUCUUAAUCUAGGAUACCGAACUUCUACUCUGCUCAGAAAAGCACGGGGUCUAUCGCAGGCAUUCUGACUCUUUCCCACUACCUUAGUAGUACUACCCUGCUAGAAGGCCUGUUUGUACAUCUACAACAUUGUAAACCUCUUUUAUUCUUUUCAUUAUGCUGUGCAUCUAUACACCAUUUGCACAGUAUCAUGGGAUACCAGUACAUUUACAUUGCAUGCCAUACUCUGCCUUGUAAGUGAAAAAAACAAUGACAUUGUAGCAGGGAUAGCACAACCCUGAUCUUUUUCAAACUUUCUCUCUCAAAUGGCUAGUGGAGAGUGAAAAUUGUGAGCUCUUUGCUUAAGCAAAGUACCGGAGGUGGACUUUCCUCUAUUUUGCUGUAUUCAAGGAUUUGCACGGUGUAUACAUGACUUUAUGCAAGGUUUUUCCACUGAGUAUAUGCGGCUGUGUGUGAAUGCGUCUUGUGGCUUAGCUUUAUAUGAGUGUAUUUAUUUUGCCCUCUUACAGGCUGUUCGCUGAGAAGAUCAACAAGAAUGAGAGAAAAGGCAAAGCAGAAAUUAAUAUGCUGCCACAGGAUCAGGAGACCCCUGAAUUCUGGGAGGUCCUGGGAGGACAGCCAGAGGAGAUUAAACCCAAUGUUCCUGAUGAUUUCCAGGCACCCCGCCCCAAACUUUACAAGGUACACCUCCCAGCGAUUGUCAAGUCACAGCCAUGACAAUCUAGUGCAGGCAUAGGCAACCUUCGGCACUGCAGAUAUUUUGGACUACACCUCCCGUGAUGCUUUGCCAGCAUUAUGUGUGUAAGAGCAUUAUGGGGGAUGUAGUGCACAACAUCUGCGGUGCCAAAGGUGGCCUAUUCCUGAUCUAGUGGUACAGAAUGACCGAUCUACAGGAUAUGGCAUGAGAAGGACUGGACAGACUGACACGGCUAUUCACUAAAGUGAGAAAUGUCAGGAAAGUCCAAGUGCAUUUCAAAUUUGAAUUCCUGACAAUUCUCACUUUAAUGCAUAAACCUGUAAGUGGCCAUCUAACAGGCUGGACAAAGAAAUGUACUGUCCAGCUAACAGGAUUAAGUGAGAUACAUACCGACCAUCUAACAGAUGAUUGCUGAAUCUUCAGGUCUAUCCUAACUGGGUGGACUGUGAGAUCUAUCUCUAACUGGGUGGACUGUGAGAUCUAGAGACCAUCUAACGGGGUGGACUGUGAGAUCUAGAGACCAUCUAACGGGGUGGACUGUGAGAUCUAGAGACCAUCUAACGGGGUGGACUGUGAGAUCUAGAGACCAUCUAACGGGGUGGACUGUGAGAUCUAGAGACCAUCUAACGGGGUGGACUGUGAGAUCUAGAGACCAUCUAACGGGGUGGACUGUGAGAUCUAGAGACCAUCUAACAGGGUGGACUGUGAGAUCUAGAGACCAUCUAACGGGGUGGACUGUGAGAUCUAGAGACCAUCUAACGGGGUGGACUGUGAGAUCUAGAGACCAUCUAACGGGGUGGACUGUGAGAUCUAGAGACCAUCUAACGGGAUGGACUGUGAUAUCUAGAGACCAUCUAACGGGAUGGACUGUGAGAUCUAGAGACCAUCUAACGGAUGAAGUGAAGGAUAUACCGAACAUUUAAUGAAAGUGCUAUUGAAACCAUUCAGAGACUGCAACAAAACGAGCCAAGGGAAUAUAUAUUUUUCAUGGAAGGCAUUAUAUUUUAAUCUGAAAUGUGAUUGCUGUAAACUAGGUCAGUGCAAAGAACAUGGGUUUCACUGUGGGGAAAAAACCUUGAAAACACAGAUGCUAUAAUGUUAGAGGAACUUUAAAGUUAAGGGAAUAUUUUGCCUUUUUUUAUGGCAACAUUAGCAUGAUUUUAAUUUUAUUAUAAAUUCUUGUGUAUAGUUGGUUAUUUUGUCUUUUUCUUCUUGACUAACCUAUACCUGAUUUUGACCAGGUUGGACUUGGGCUUGGAUACCUGGAGUUACCACAAGUUAACUACAAGAUCUGUGUGGAACACAAGAAGAGGCCAAAGAUUGACCUGCUGCCGGAAAUGAGGCUUGUGAGUUAUUCCACCUUCCUGAGACAGGACAGACUUGUCUCACGUUAUCAUAUUUCUAAAAUUUUAAGCAUGUCAUGUGUCCUUAAGGGGUUAAGUAGACAUAAAUAGCUGCAAAUUAAUAGGUUUCUUUGUGCAUACCCGGAGGCAUCAGAAGGUUCAUUCAGACGAGGCCGUAAGCCUGCCAAUGAUUUGACAAGGCACCGGGGAUCCACCGGGCACCAGCCACUUUCUCCAGUGAGAUUCGGAAGUUCCUGCAUGCAGCUUCCAUUGGCUCUGUUAAGUGAGGUCCUCAAAUGCAGGACCAGUUUGGUGACUGAUCAAGCUCAGCCAAUAUGCUAAUUACUGCACUGCUGGGCAUAGCAAAAUGCAGAGAGCUUCCCCUUUCAUGGAGGAGGUGAUGACGCCUGAUAGAACCCAAGUAAAUUGUCAAAUGGCUGGCAAACCAUUUUAAUUCAUUUGGGCAUGGUAUAAUGGUGUCCUAAACGGUGAAAGCUACAUUAGUUUCGACACUGAAAAUCUCCAUCUGCAAAAUGGCUUGUAAUACCUGCAGCGGCAGCCAACUCCUGCAUAGUGUGAAAUAAAACCUAGUAGAAGACAGAUAUCACACAUAUGUUGAUCCAUUUUCCUUAUAGUCUUAAAAGAACAUCCAAAUCUGCUUACAGUCCUAACCCUGUUCUGUCAUGUUGCUUCCAGCUCCAGAGCCUGCUGGACACAAAGUGUGUCUAUAUCCUGGACUGUCACUCAGACCUCUUCAUUUGGAUCGGCAGGAAGUCUUCACGUUUGGUCCGUGCAGCUGCCCUGAAACUGGGCCAGGAGCUUUGCAGCAUGCUCCAUCGACCCAAACAUGCCAUGGUUAUUCGGAACCUUGAAGGCACAGAAUGCCAGGUAUUGGACUGUCCCUUUACACAGUGGAAGCAGAGUGGUCUUAGACACCUAGGUCAGGAGGUUCAGAACACCUUUAUUUCUUUAUCUCCAGGUGUUUAAGUCCAAAUUUAAGAAUUGGGAUGAUGUCCUAAGAGUCGACUAUACUAGGAAUGCUGAGACCGUGACUCAGAAAGAAGGUUUAGUGGGCAAAGUGAAGAAGGAUGCAGAGAAGAAGGAUCAGAUGAAAGCCGACCUGACAGCCCUCUUCCUCCCACGUCAGCCCCCCAUGCCAAUUGCAGAGGUGAGUCCUGUUUUUGUCAUGUGAUGGAAUGCUAAGAAAUACAUGUUUUCCACAUUCUGCCUCUGUCCGUUAACAUUUUUUACACCAGAGGGUGCUAGUUUACAAUAAUAAUACUGCUAUAGAAACCAAUGUAAUUGGCAUCCUGGUUUAUUCAGUGAUGUCCAGUUACACUGCAUUGAUGGGUUAUUCACGCGAUACUUUUUGUUUCCUUGGUGGAAAAUUCUCUAUGGCCAAUGCAGUGCCUAAAUGUGUUUCUCUAUAAAGGGACUCGGUGUACUCCGUGUAGGCCUUAUGUUGCUUUCACAGAUACUCCAUGUAACACAAUUCCUGAUCUAGGCCUCGAUUUAAUAUUUUUGGAUAAGCUUCUAAAAUCAUUUAAUAUAUUGUACCUCUAUAACUAGGAACAGGGAGAUUGGAUAUUAUAACUAGUUAUAGAGGUUAUAUUAGAACUUUUAUAUUCCUUUAAGCAUGGAUAUUGGAACUUUAUAUUCCUUUAAGCAGGGAUAUUAGAACUUUAUAUUCCUUUAAGCGGGGAUAUUAGAACUUUAUAUUCCUCUAAGCGGGGAUAUUAGAACAUUAUAUUCCUGUAAGCGGGGAUAUUGGAACUUUAUAUUCCUUUAAGCAUGGAUAUUGGAACUUUAUAUUCCUUUAAGCAGGGAUAUUAGAACUUUAUAUUCCUCUAAGCGGGGAUAUUAGAACUUUAUAUUCCUCUAAGCGGGGAUAUUAGAACAUUAUAUUCCUUUAAGCGGGGAUAUUAGAACAUUAUAUUCCUGUAAGCGGGGAUAUUAGAACAUUAUAUUCCUUUAAGUGGGGAUAGUAGAACUUUAUAUUCUUUAUGUUCCUUUAAGUAGAGGCAGAACUUCAGGCCAUCAGCUCCCCUCUAACAUUUGUCAGUGGUGAGAUAUAUAAAUGUAUUUAGACUGCCUGUUUUUUAACUGUGGACUCGUUUAUUCAGCUUCUUCCUGCUUCGUGUCAUUUACUGAUUUUCUAUCCACACAGGCAGAGCAGCUGACUGAGGAGUGGAACGAGGAUCUGGAUGGAAUGGAGGGCUUUGUACUGGAAGGGAAGAAAUUUGCUCGCCUUCCAGAAGAGGAAUUUGGACACUUUCACACCCAGGAUUGCUAUGUGUUCUUGUGCAGGUAACACCCCCUUCUGGAUGGUCCGAGAAUGACAGCUGAAAGUCUGCUGGGAUUUUAGAUAAUGGGAAAUGAGGAAUAAGCAAGGCAGGUGCAGCAUUUUCCAGGGAGUCAGCUUGCUCCUAUUCAGCCAAACUAGUAAACUGAAAACCACAUUUCACAAUUCAGUUUAAUAUAGUGGCGAUAGAAAAUAAUUCUUCAUCUCCAAUUUAUAGCUGGACUAUUUUAGCCUGAAUCUUGCCCUUUGAUUUUCAAAUCUCCAAAAUUCCCUCUUUUUAGUUAAAUACUUUCUAUGUGACCACAAUUAAAAGUGCAUAAAUAUUACAAUAUAUACACAAUAUAUUGCACAGGGCAAUAGCAAAAGCUCUAACUAGAGCGAUCUAAUCUCAAAUCACAGCCCUAGAGGAAGGCUGGUCACUUCUCUUACCUUAAGGCAGGAUCUAUAGAUCAGUUACUGGCAUCCCCGAUGUUUCCAAGCUCUACUUUCCCUGUCAUGCUUGGCCAACUCUGAAGGAUUGUAUUUCCUAUUUUGUUUAAUUUAAUCCUUUUAAUUUACCGUGCAAACUCUCACCCCAGGUACUGGGUGCCGAUAGAACAAGAUGAAGAGGAGGAGCAGCAGAAUAAGAAAAGAAAGAUACAUGGACACGGUGACGAGGAAGAUGAUGACGAUGAAGAGGAGGAGAAGCAGCCAGAAGAAGACUUUCAGUGCGUUGUAUAUUUCUGGCAGGGCAGAGAAGCGUCCAACAUGGGCUGGCUGACAUUUACCUUCAGCCUUCAGAAGAAAUUCGAGAGUCUGUUCCCUGGAAAGCUGGAGGUUGGUUGGAUGUUGACCGGUAACUUUUAUCUGAUCGGAUAAUGGUGGGUCAGUGAGAGAUGCAAAACCCCUGAGAUUAGACCUAUGCAGGAUCAAAGUAUGGCGGGAGAAAACCCAGACAAAGUGCGCAGGAUCAGAUCUGUCUGUUCUUAGAAAGUUUAUACAAAGCAGCAUGGCCACUGGCGUCCAUUGGGGGUGGGGAGGGGGAGGAUAUUGAAACCUUCUAUGCCGUGUCUCUUAACAGGAGUUGGUGGUGGGGAGUGGAUAGACUAUUGGUUUCAUAGGGAUGAGUCCACUUGAGCUUCACUACAACAAUGAAAUGGCUGAGGGGUAAUGAUAAUAUUCUCUAACUUGCUGUAAAACCAUCCCCUUUUCAUUUUAGGUGGUCAGAAUGACGCAGCAGCAGGAGAACGCCAAGUUUCUCUCUCAUUUUAAGAGAAAGUUCAUCAUCCAUAAAGGCAAGAGGAAAAUGCGUGACGUGGGACUUCAACCAAGCUUGUACCACAUACGGACAAAUGGAAGUGCUCUCUGCACCAGGUACUGAACCCUGAAACCAGUGACUGACCUUGUGACCGCACCACUAAAGAACUGGGGAGCACACACACGUCAUCGCAGGUGUAAAGCCCCGUCCGCUGUCCAGUGGCAUUGAGUGUAGUAGUAAAUUGUGUUCACACAGCUUGGGGGCGACGGGAUGUAAUUUUCUUCUUCCAUACAAAAAGCAAGAGUUUAAAUGAAAGAUUACAGUGCAGUAACACUUGGCGUAUUCACCAGCUAUUUAUACGGUUUUGUUAUUUUGUGGUUUUCAGGUGCAUCCAGAUUAAUACAGACUGCAGCCUCCUGAAUUCUGAGUUUUGUUUCAUCCUGAAGGUGAGUUCCCUGGGGAUCUGUCUUGUGGUCAGACUGUCUCUUUCCGCCCAUAAAGUGAGCAAAUGGGGCUUUGUCCAGUAACCUCCUUCAAAUCUGCAGGCUCUAACGCAAACCUAUUAACAGAGGUAGUGAUGUGUUUCCUGCAGGCAGGCUAGAAUGACAUUAAAUUAAACCGUGUGCCGGCCUAGAUGGCUGGUUUGAAGGUGCAAGCCAUAAACGGACAGAGGGUCUGUUCAGGUCAAAAUACCUUAAACAUUAAUACACUCAGCCGUGCGGUCAUCAUCUAAAAUUACUGUGAUUGACUGAUGUGACACGAAGUUAAAGGGGCUCUCCAGUGCCAGGAAAACAAACCUGUUUUCCUGGCACUGUAGGACCCUGCAGUGGGGUUAAAACCCCUUAGCUGAAUCCAGCGCCGUUGUCCCUUGGCGCUGGGUCAUGCUCCGCCCACGUUCCUCCUCCCCCCCCCCUCCCCCCCCCAUCGACAUCAGUAGUCAGGGGAGACCCAAUGCGCAUGCGCGGCAAUGACGGCAUGCGCCCAUUAGACCCCCCCCCCCCAGGAAAACAUUACUCAAUGCUUUUCUAUGGGGAUUCCAGUGACGCUGGAGAUCCUCACAUAGCGUGAGGAUGUCCAGCAUCAUUUAAAACCCUUUUCGUGUUCUUAAGAACCCGGAGGUCCCUCUAGUGGCUGUCUUAUAGGAAGCCACUAGAGGAGGACUUAACCCUGCAAGCUAAUUAUUGCACCCAGAGCACUCCAAUGGGCAGAAGUGGUCUGGGUGCCUGGAGUGGACCAAUGCCUUCCUCCCACAUUCCUGUAAGCAUUAUUAUGUCAGAGUGUGCUAGGAUAGUCAUAAUAUAACACCCAACAUACCCAAAAAGUUUUGUUCUUUUAUAUCAGAGAUCAUAUAAAGUUGCAGUGUUCAUUGUAGGGGCUUGCUUGCACGCCAACAGAAAGGGAGAAUAAAGAAAUUAUUGCUACUUUUUGACUUUGACAUGCUGCAGCACUGCCUCGGGUGACUGACCAUUUCAUGUGUCUUUUUAAGGUCCCGUUUGAAAGUACAGAUAACCAGGGCAUAGUAUACACCUGGGUUGGGCGAGCCGCAGACCCUGAUGAAGCAAAACUUUCUGAGGAUAUCAUGAACCAUAUGUUUGAUGACACCUACAGCAAACAGGUGAGACGGUAGAUUGAUUUUAAAAUGUCUUUUGGUUGUGUUCAUUCAUUUACUCCAUAUUUGUGCCAAUAAAUCUGGGAAUACAGGUAUCCUAUGGGUUCUUAACAUUCUAACAAGUAACGAGAUUUCGGGUUCAUUUUCAGUAGUCGCUGUGCUAUGGUCGUUGCUUUAUAGUUAAGUAACCGUUGAGAGGGCUUGUGGUAUUGCCAUCUUUUUGAAUUCCUCUUUUCUGCAUUUCAGGUAAUAAAUGAGGGAGAGGAGCCAGAGAACUUUUUCUGGGUUGGGAUUGGAGGCCAGAAAGCGUACGACGAAGACGCAGAUUAUAUGAAAUACUCCCGACUCUUCAGGUAUACAUUUUUAUUUUUAACUCCUAUUGGGAUACAAGCAACCAAUACUGUCCACAAAAGGAGUUUUAAUCACACUUCUCUGCCUCUAAUUGCACUUCAAAAAGAUGGCCGUGUAAGGUGUCAAAUAGGAAAUAUCCUAAACUGUGCACUCUGCAACAGUACACGUAGUGUAUCAAUAUUAAAUGGCUCUUCGGAUGCUAGAUCUCUAAGUUUGGCUUAUUUACAAUUAGAAUUAUCCGUCUGUGUAGAGAAAUGAAUAGCAGUAAUAUUGUAUUACAUAGGUCGAUUAGCGUAUGACCUGUCCUAUUAACUGUUUCACUCCAUGUUCCCCUCCCAGGUGCUCCAAUGAGAAGGGCUAUUUCUCUGUGUCGGAAAAAUGUUCAGACUUCUGUCAAGAUGAUCUGGCUGAUGACGAUAUUAUGCUGCUGGACAAUGGCAAGGAGGUAAGAGCAUGGUUCUAGAAUUCUCCUUGUGACGUAUGAUUGUUGAGUUAUUAACAGAUAUUAGCAGUAAAUGUACGGUCCUAGAAUAACAAGUACUAUAGGUUCACAGUUUGAUGCAUAUUUAAGCCCGUUUGGUGUAAGUCUACUACAUUGCACAUCGCGUUUAGAUUAUUGAUCCUGGUAGAAGGUGUACAUGUCUGGCACAUCUGUAUCAUGUCUCCUUCUAGUCUCACGAUGGCCAAUUUACAUACCCAGUAAUGACCGGGCAAGCAACAUACAACAUAACUUUAAAAUUAUCGCAACAUUUCAUGCAAAAGCCACGUAAUUAAAUAUAUAUAUAGUGUGUGUGUAUAUGUAAUUUCAUGCAACAGUUCAUGACUACUGUGUAAAGGUGAACCUCCAGCUCUGCCAGUUUAUCUAGCUGUGCCCACAGGCGUUGUAACUGAUAUCUUGCUCAUUUUCCAGGUGUACAUGUGGGUUGGAACCCAAACUAGCCAAGUGGAGAUUAAACUCAGCUUGAAGGCAUGCCAGGUAAGUCUGUUUAUGUAUCCUUCCUGGAUGCUGUAUAUUAUGUCAUGUUUAUUUACCCACCAAGUGCAUAGUUAGUUCUUAUUAUAACCUGUAAUAAGUGGUAGAAAGCCACGUAAUUUCUCUUCCUUUAUGUCUGCUGUUAAAGUAUAAUAAAAGGUGACCAGUUUCGGCCUGGCCUAUAAUAAUUUACUCCAUAUUAUUGCAGUUGUAAUGUGUGUCUGUCUCCCAAAACACUCUUUCCUCUUCCAGGUUUAUAUUCAACACAUGCGAGCAAAAGACCAAGCGAAUCCCCGCAAACUGCGCCUGGUCCGUAAGGGCAACGAACCGCACGCUUUUACCCGUUGCUUUCAUGCUUGGGGUGCUUUCCGUAAGCCGCCUGCGUAGAAUUAUCAAGAUGGACCCCUGGAUGUCUAGCCCACACAGCCAUAGCUGCUUGUGUUUAAAGGGCCAAACCAGAUGCUAGGCAAGAAAGUGAAAACCUGACUUGGAGGCGAAGGUCGAGAUCUGCCACGAAAUGACUGAGAAAUCGAAUCGGACUUCAUGAACAGCUCACUUCCACUUGGGCCACGUACUGCAAUCACCUGUUUGUUUGUUUUGUUUUUUAGCAGUGUUACUUCACGUUGUGUGUAAGGAAUCCCACACUGUAAAGGGAAUAUCCUGUUUUUUUUCUAAAAAAAAAAAAAAAACUAAACUUUAAAAUCAAAAAGAACUCUUCUAAUGCCUAAAUUGUAACCAAAAAGUACUGUCAUUGAAUCCUGCCUGGAACAAUUUAUAUUGUGCACUGCGGUUUCUCAAAUCAGGCGCAUCUGCCUGUCUCUCCCUGAAGCAGGAUCAACAAUCCCCCAGUGGUAAAUAUAAACACACACCGUGUUGAAUAUGGUUAUUUAUCAAGUUACGGAGCCCAUUCACAGCCACUUAUUAUUUCAAACAUGAGUUUUUAACUUACUUCCUUACUUCUAACAGCAAACUUUGGAUUUUUCGUCCCCAUAAUGCCACAUUACUCUUUAAUAUUGUUCCUGAUCACACCUUAAACUGCAGUCUCUAUGUGGAGACAGUAUUCCAUUCUUUAAGCUGCUUGCUGGGGGUGUGAUUCACAUAUAUUAUUAAAGAUAUUACCCAGCUUAACUACUAAACCGGAUGAUUUUUUUAAGUGUGACUAGGAGAAUUUUUAAACUUUGUGCUGUAACCAAAUGCACAUUUAUAAUGAUGAAUAAAUAUUUUUCUGUAUUUAAAAUGAAUGCUUUUAUUAAGACCAGUGUGGCCUAUGUUCACUUAUAUUUUCUUUUUCUUUCAAAAACCGUUCUAGAACUUCCAGUUCCAUCUAAAGGGCUUCUGCACUUGAAGUGACACCCAGCUAGUUCUGCAAUUUAAAAAAAAAAACCCAGAUUUUUUUAGCGAAAUCUGAAUAUAUGCAAAUUGAAGUCUACUACAUUCCCAAUCUGUUCUAUAUAACACUUACAAUAGAUUUGUACUGCUCCUGGAAAGUGGAAACAAAAUAUUCAAUGAUAUAUAAUCAAAGGUUUCAGACUUUCGUGAUGCCUAUAAAUGCUAAAAAUCUACUUCAAGGUGGUUCAUAGUCCGGUAGUGGACCAUAACUACUUAUGUUGUACAGGUUCACUCCUUUUCAGCAGACUGACCCUGAAGGAGAUAUUCCAUUAAUGAGAUUCAGCAGAAAGUGACAAACAUUGUUUCCUGUAAUAACGUGUAUUCUCUCUGUGAGCUUUAUUUCUCAGACUGGGAAUGUAGUAGAUUAUUUAUAUGGCCUCCCUCUUUGUUCUGUGUUGACAGGGAGCAUCUAUGGUUUCUUUAAUAAAAGGAUGUUAGUAGCAUAUUUUGUCUGCUGCAUAAACCGAGAUAAUGAGGUUCUCUAUGGGAGGGGAAGGUGGUAUAAAUACUGUAUGAGCUAUCUUUUAAUAAACUUGCACUUCAUUAUACUGUGGGUUGAGUGGUUUGUAUCGUCAUGGGAAAUCCCUAAACAUCUGCU